CGAAUGCCGUCUGUAACAUUGAAUGUUCUAAUGUUGGCAUGCUCAGCAAAUAUUCGAACUGAGCGGAAGGGCAGUGUGCACGUGACCCCGAGACACAACCUUGGAAGCAUCAUAGUCCACAAGCUGAUAGCUCCGGUCUCUAAGGACCCACCUCCACCUCCACCUUCACUUUCAUACCAUACGAUGGCGGACGAUACUACCACCGUGGAACCAACCCUCCGUUUCAAACGUCGCAAAACCACACACACACGACGAGUGUUAAACCAAGAUGAUGCGCCCAAUACAACUGCCUCCGAAGCUCCUGCCGAUUCCAUGCCCACCCCGCUCAGCCACACACUCUCACCACCGUCAGGAGCGCCAGAAAAUGCAGAAGACGACGAAGAAGGUGUGCCGAACCUGAAGGAAAUCUUGCGCAAUCGAAAACGACCGCGGGAUCGUUUUAGAGAAGUUGCAGGCAAAGCAGACGCAACAAAGUCGCAGUCGCUCGUCCCGACAGAUGCACCGAAGCAAGAUGUCUACGGAAACAGGUUCAUCGCGCAGACAGGACAGGUUGUAGAUGCAGAUGACCACCAGAUGACCGAGUAUGUAGAAGCGCGCUUGGCUGAAAAGAAUCAUCGCCUCCAUGGAUGGCCUAUUCCUAAACAUCUCGAAGCUGCCGUUGCUGACCUCGCCCCCGAGUCUCGUGAGAACCGCGCCAUCGCUAGGACGAACAUACCGGGAGGGAAAGACAACGCGAAAGCCAGCGACGAACAUGAUCUUCGAUUAGCUGCCGGGAAAGGUAAACUACAGGAAGUAGAGCUGAGUUCGAGCAGUGCUGCUGUUCAGAAUAAGGCAGCUGGGAAUAAUCCACCCAGCAAGGUACGACUGGGCAGAGACGGCAAACCUCGACGACAUCCCAAACGCCGUAAUAGCGAGGACUUGCGGAGAGAUCAGCUGGUUGAGGCUGUCCUUAGUGAGGCUAAACUUGAAUAUUUCGAGGAAGACAAACCCACCAAUCCAUCUGCUACGGAGGGAUGCGAUAAUGACGAAGCUAUGGCAGAGAAAUUCCGGCAGGAUUUCCUAGAGUCCCUUGAAUCGCGCCAUAAGCGCAGACCGGCUGCUCCCCCAAAUAACGCAAAAGGCGCAGAUGCCGCUAAGAAAAUCUCUCGGGGACCUAAACUGGGUGGUUCGAGAAGUGCAAGAGCGGCAAUGCAUUUGAAAAGAUUGGAGGAGGCUGGGAAGACCAAAAGGUGA